CUCUUCCCAACUGCAGAGUUCAGGCUCUCCUUCAUGUCGUCUGAAACUCCCUCUACAUCAUCUAAGCCGACCGCAACAUUCAUCAAGAAGAAAACAAGGCCAGCCAACGUUCGCAAGCGCGACACCUCGCCAACCUUAUCAUCUGACCCAUCUUUACCAGUCAUCUCAUCGUCCUCUGCAGUUGUGCGUCCAAUUUCCAAGACGAGUGCCAACCCCCUCAUUCAAGGCACAAAGCGAACGUAUUCGCAACGAGAGAAUGACGACAAUGAUGACAGGGGGCCGGACGUCAAGUGGAAGGCAUCUGGUAAUAUUAAAGAACUGAUGGAUGCAGAAAAGGAAAGGAUAUCAAAGGAAGAGGAACAAGAAAUUCUCAAAAAGUAUAAGCGGGAUGCUGAGAAUGAGGAGAGGGAAGAUGAUGGUUUAUAUCAUGGAUCGGCAGCUUAUAAGUCGCAUAUGCGAAAGCGAGAGGAUGGUGGCGUCCCUAAGGCUAUGCGUGUCGGCCCUCAAAAGUCCACGAGCACUAUUCGAACCGUCACCGUGGUUGAUUAUCAACCCGAUGUGUGUAAAGACUAUAAAGAAACUGGUUAUUGUGGAUUUGGCGAUACAUGCAAAUUCUUGCAUGAUCGUGGAAAUUAUCUCCAAGGGUGGCAGCUUGACAAGCUCGCUGCAGAUCCCAAGAAGAAUGCUCAGAAGGAAGAGUCCGAUUCAGACGAUGAAGAUAUCCCUUUCGCCUGCUACAUCUGCCGCAAACCCUACACAAAUCCAAUCGUAACACGAUGCACCCACUAUUUCUGCAGUGCAUGUGCCAUUAAACGGUUCGCAAAAACUCCCAAGUGCGCAGCGUGUGGCGCGCCAACAGGGGGCAUAUUUAAUCGUGCAGAUAAAGUGAUCGCGAAGAUGCGAGAGAAAGAGAAGGCGAAGAAGAAGCGAGAUGGGAUAGAGGGAAAUGAUGAUGAUGAUGGCAGUGAUAGCGCGAGUGCUUCAGGGUUGAAUGUUGAAUUUGGCAAUUUAUAAUUGAUUGCAUUUCUUUUAUAACUCAUCCCCGAGUCUUGUGUCCAUAUCCUGUAUGAUCAAUGAACAUUCGCAGAAGGCAACUCUCAG